AUGACUGAGAUCAACUUAGGUACAACUGCAGAUAUGCAUGUUCAUUUACGUGAUGGUACAAUGAGUAAAUUAAUAACACCAACAGUUAAAUCAGGAGGUAUAUCAAUAUGUUAUGUAAUGCCAAAUUUAGUACCACCAAUUACGACAAAACAACAAGUUGAAGAAUAUCAUAAAAAUUUGGAAAAAAUGGCACCAGAUACAACUUUUUUAAUGUCAUUUUAUUUAUGUAAAGAAUUAACACCAGAAUUAGUUGAAGAAUGUGCAGAUAAAGGUUUAAUACAUGGUAUAAAAUGUUAUCCAGCUGGUGUCACUACUAAUUCAAAAUAUGGAGUUGAUCCAAAUGAUUUUUCACAAUUUUAUCCAAUAUUUGAGAAAAUGCAAGAAAAGGGAAUAAUAUUAAAUUUACAUGGUGAAAAACCUGGAAUUGAUGAAAAAGAUGAAAUUAAUAUUAUAAAUGCUGAAUCUAAAUUUUUACCAGCUUUAAGGAAGUUACAUCAAGAUUUCCCACGUUUGAAAAUUAUUUUGGAACAUACAACCACCUUCGAAUCAAUUGAACUCGUUAGAGAAUUAAAUCAGGGGAAAAAACAAGGUGAUGAAAUUUUCAUUGGUGCUACAAUAACUGCUCAUCAUUUAUAUUUAAUUAUUGAUAAUUGGGCAAAUAAUCCAAUAAAUUAUUGUAAACCAGUUGCAAAAUUUCAUAAAGAUAAAAAUGCAUUAAUAGAUGCCGCAACAAGUGGAGAACCAUGGUUCUUUUUCGGUUCAGAUUCAGCUCCUCAUCCAAUUCAUAAAAAGCAAGUACACGUUGAUGUUUGUGCUGGUGUAUAUACUCAGUGUAAUGCUAUUGGGUACGUUGCUGAAAUUUUUGAUAAAUUUAAUAAAUUAGAAAAUUUGAAGAAAUUUGUUAGUGAUAAUGGUAUUAAAUUUUAUGAUUUAAAAGAAGAAAUAUUAGCAAAACAUAAAAAUGAAAGUGUUUGGUUAAUUGAACGUAAGAAUAAAGUACCCGAAAUUUUGGGGAAUGGAGAAGUUGAAGUUGUACCUUUUAAAGCUGGUGAUGAAUUAAAAUAUAUUAUUGAAUGGAGAAAAAAUUAA